AUGGCGACCGGAGUGGACGCCAAGCUCUUGAAGAGCACCAAAUUCCCUCCCGAAUUCAAUCAGAAGGUGGACAUGCAAAAGGUUAACAUCCAGGUCAUGAAGAAAUGGAUUGCCAGCAAGGUCACCGAGAUUCUAGCCAACGAGGACGAUGUCGUUAUCGAGCUUGUUUUCAACCUACUCGAGAGUGGCCGCUAUCCCGACAUCAAGUCCAUGCAGAUCCAACUCACAGGCUUUCUCGACAAAGAUACCCCGACAUUCUGCAAGGACCUGUGGAAGCUUCUACUCAGUGCGCAGACUAGUCCUCAAGGUGUUCCAAAGGAGCUUCUGGAGGCCAAGAAGAUGGAAUUGAUUCAGGAGAAGCUCGAAGCGGACAAAGCCGCAGAAGAGGCACGAAAGAAGCGCCAAGAAUUCGAACGUCGACCUGAAAGGGGCCGCGGCGGCCGAGGAGGCGGUAUGGGUGGUGGCCGCGGCGACUCCUGGCGUGGAGGACGCCGUGACGACCGUGACCCCCGAGGGAACAUAGGCCGAGAGGAGGACUCAGAGAUUCAUAUGUUCCCCGAGGAAGCCCAACAGUCAGACGUGGUGGAGGACGACGGGACGACAGGAGACGACGAUCCCGGACUAGGUCGCCGUCUGUGCGGUCGAGGUCCCGCUCUCGCUCGCGGACACCCAGCGUUGGCGGAAGCCGGCGGGGACCGCAUAAGCGUGUCAGGUCACCAUCGCCACGGCGCGGACCCAGAUACCGGGGGCGCUCCCGAUCUCGGACUCGCUCGGUUUCAUCCGAUCGUGGUUCUCGCUCCCCCAAACGCCGCCGCUACUCCACUUCCCCUAGUAGGAGCCAAGCCUGACUCGGAGUCUGAGUCGCAGUCGAAGCCGGACCCGGAGUCGGAGCCGGAGCCUGUCGAGGACUCGAAGCAAGCGCUACAGUCGGUCCGUAUCGUCUACUGGAUCUUCUCGCCUUUCCCGAUCGCGAAGCCGCACCCCGACGCCGAUCACGCAGCAGAAGCGGAACUCGCAGCAUUAGCCCUCGCCGCUCGCGGAGCCCUCGCAGACGCUCUCGUAGAAGGGAUGACCGAGACAGCAGCAUCGGCUGAUGAUUCAGGCGCUCAAGACAGAAUCCGCUCUCCCCAUGACACCACAUCAGCUGCUGAAGCUGACCAGAACGUCAGAGCGUCUUACGAACAGCGUCAGAGAGAGCUGAAGGAAAAAAUCAAGCAGAUGAGGUCCUCUAGAAGCGCAGAAGGGGAUCAUGAGGCUAACCAGUCGUUUUGA